ACAAGGUAGUCUUCUAUGAAACUUUUUCGGUGUUUUAGCCGCUUAUUUUCGAGUUAAGAUCGAUUUUUUUGCGCUCAUUUUUUCUCAGAGAUUUUUCUCGUUAUGCCUUGCUUUGAAUUUUGGCGAGGAAGUCUUCAAAACAGAGAUUUGUUAAAGAAGAUCGACAUUUUUGGCCGCCAUUUUGUGUUGAUUCCGACUUCGUUUCAAAGCGAAUUUUCUUUCAGGUUUUGACGAAGCUCUUCGAGCCCUGGAUUGGGCUUCGGACUUCAAAAUUCGCUUGUUUUUUUCGCCGAAGAACUUUGCUAAAUCGAUCAAAUGACUGAGGUUGAAGAAGAUCUAAACUCCAGUGACUCAGGCAGUGAUGAUGGUGAUGAAGAUGAUGAUGAAGAUGAAGUUAAUAUUACCAGUGGCGAAGAAGAAACCCCAAACGCACAGAAUACAUCACAGUUAAAUAAGAAAAAUCAUUCCAGUUGGUUGAAUCGUGGAAAUGUAGCCAAGGAUAUAAAUCUCUCUGAUGAGAACAGUGAUUCUGACAGUUCAGAUAGCCAAUCAGAGGUAGAUGAGGCUGAUCGUGUGCAGCAAGAAGAAAAUAAAAAUCCAGUCUCCGCUGCUUCAUAUCAUAGUUCCUCACCAAGUUCAAAAAAAGAAAGGUUUUGGGAACAAGAUCCGGAUGUUUAUGGUAUACGGAGAUCGGUCCGUAGUCGGAAAGAGCCUGUGCGCUACACUGUCCCUGGUGGUCAGGAUGAUACUGAUGAGGAAUCACAGCCAAAAAAACGUCCAGCCAAGGCUUCAAAAGAGGCUGUACAGAGACUAAAAAGAAGACGUGUUUCAAGUUCUGAUUGGCCGACUCAAAGCAGUGAAAGUGCUAGCGACUCCUCAGAUACGUCAUCUCCCGAGAGAAGGUCACGUCCAUUACCACGUGCAACAUCGAGACUGCCUGGCGAAUCAAAACGGGCUGCUAAUAACAAGGGAGGUGGAGGGAAACGUGUCUUCAAAGAUAGUGAUGAAGAUCAUAGUAGGGUCUCAAGCAGAAAAGCAACUGGCAAUGUCUGUUACAAAGAGGAAAGUGAGGCUGAAGAGACGGAUGAAGAUGAUAUUAUUGAAGUCAGUGCUGAUGCUGUUGUUGACUAUGAAGACGAUGAUAGAGAGACCAUUGAAAAGGUCCUUAGUACACGGAUCGGACCUGCAGAAUGGACUGGGGCUCGGACAACAAUGUAUUCUAGUGAAUAUGAAGAAAUGUUACAUCAAGUAUUUGACAAUCAAGAGAAGGAGAAACUGUCACAACACUUUUUGAUCAAGUGGAAGGGCUGGUCACAUCUUCAUAACACGUGGGAAAGUCUGGAGACGCUUAAACAACAGAAUGCGAAAGGAAUGAAGAAACUCGAUAAUUACGUCAAGAGAAUGGAGGAAAUCGAACGAUGGAAGAAACACGCCGUACCAGAGGAUGUUGAAUAUUUCGAAUGUCAAGAACAAAUGAACUUAGAUCUUUUUGAAGAGUAUCAGCAGGUGGAGAGAGUUAUAGGCCACAGCAAUGUUAAGGGUGUUGACGAGUUCGGUAAAUCGGUCAAUCAGGUCGACUAUCUUUGUAAGUGGGCAGGAUUACCUUACUCCGAGGCAUCAUGGGAGGAUGGACCUCUGGUCUCGAAGAUCGGCUUCCAGGAGAAAAUUGACAGCUACUUGAAGAGGGAACGUUGUGAUCGAGUUCCGAAUAAGAACGAACGUUUUCCGAAGCAGAAACCCAAAUUCAUCCCGUUAAAGAAACAACCAUCAUUUCUUUCAAAAUCAUCUGGUUUAGAGCUUAGGGAUUAUCAACUUGGUGGACUUAAUUUCUUGACUCAUUCUUGGUCAAAGUACAACUCCGUGAUCCUUGCUGACGAGAUGGGACUUGGAAAGACAAUUCAAAGUAUUUCCUUUCUUUCGAACCUCGUCAAUAGCUACGGUGUAUGGGGACCUUUUUUACUGGUCGUACCGCUGUCCACAAUUGCAGCUUGGCAGCGAGAGUUCACACUCUGGUCCCCAGAACUUAAUCUUGUCGUCUACUUAGGAGACGCCGUUAGUCGUAAAAAGAUACAAGAAUUUGAAUUCUAUCACAGUUCGGUAAAAAAUAAACUGAAGUUCAACGCCUUACUUACAACAUACGAGAUUUUACUCAAAGAUAAGGAUGUUCUACGUACAAUAAAUUGGUCUGCCUUGCUAGUCGACGAGGCUCAUCGUCUGAAGAAUGACGACUCGCUGUUAUAUAAAGUAUUGUUCGAUUUCACGACGCAUCACCGUGUGCUGAUCACAGGCACUCCUUUGCAGAAUUCCUUGAAGGAAUUAUGGAGUUUGUUACAUUUUAUAAUGCCAAACAGAUUUUCAUCAUGGGAGGACUUUGAAGAAAAACAUGCAACAACAGAUGAGAAAGAAAGCGGUUACUCUAAUCUUCAUAAAGAAAUUGAACCGUUCUUGUUCCGUCGUGUAAAGAAGGAUGUUGAAAAGUCUCUUCCUGCCAAGGUUGAGCAAAUACUUCGCGUGGAGAUGUCCUCCGUACAAAAACAAUAUUACAAGUGGAUAUUGACAAAGAAUUUCAAAAUGCUCAACAAAGGAAUGAAAGGGAACAGUAACACGUUUCUUAAUAUCGUCAUGGAGCUAAAGAAAUGUUGUAAUCACUCCGCAUUGAUUCGACCUGUUGACGAAUAUGGCGACCUACAGUCGAUACUUCAAGGUAGCGGUAAGCUAAUGCUUCUCGAUAAACUUCUGGUUCGUCUUAAAGAGACAGGACAUCGCGUGUUGAUUUUCUCACAAAUGGUGAGAAUGCUUGACAUACUUGCCGAUUAUCUUCAGCGUCGACACUUUAAUUUUCAGAGACUGGAUGGCUCCAUAAAAGGCGACAUCAGAAAGAAGGCAUUGGAUCACUUCAAUGCGGAAGGAUCUGAGGACUUCUGUUUCCUUUUGUCAACACGAGCUGGAGGUCUGGGAAUUAAUUUGGCGACCGCUGACACCGUCGUCAUAUUCGACUCGGAUUGGAAUCCUCAGAAUGAUCUUCAGGCUCAGGCUCGAGCCCAUCGUAUCGGUCAAAAAAAUCAGGUGAAUAUUUAUCGUCUGGUUACGAAAGGCAGCGUUGAAGAAGAUAUCGUAGAAAGAGCUAAAAGGAAAAUGGUUUUAGAUCAUCUAAUCAUACAAAGAAUGGACACGACUGGUCGGAAAGUUCUUUCUAAGGCGAACACUGCACCUUCUGCUAACACGCCUUUCAACAAGGAAGAACUGUCCGCUAUUUUGAAAUUUGGUGCCGAAGAUCUUUUCAAGGAAGGCGAUGGUGAACGAGACAAGGAAUUACAGGAGAUGGACAUCGAUGAAAUUCUAAAGCGUGCCGAGACAAGAGAUUCUGAUGACCAGCCGUCAACGAUGGGAGAUGAAUUGCUCUCACAAUUCAAGGUCGCCGAUUUUGUCUCGAUGGACUUCGAAGAGGAUCCGAAAGUCGAGGAGAACACGACAUCUGGCGAAGGGAAAACGUGGGAGGAUAUAAUCCCGGAAAGCGAAAGAAAAAGUCUUGCCGCUGAAGAAGAACAACAAAAGCAACUUGAACUGUUUUUGCCAAAACGAUCAAGAAAAUCAGUGAAAAAGAUGAAUGUCGGUGUAAAUGACCAAGACCAAGACAAGAAACCGAAGCUUAAACGAAAGAGGAAAACGGCAAGUGGUUCAUCCGAUGAUGAUGCAGAUGACAACUCCAAGAAGAAACGUGGACGACCUCGAACCGUGAAACGAGAGGAUAUCGAGGGAUUCAGUGAUCAAGAAAUAAGAAGGUUCAUUAAAAGUUAUAAGAAAUUUGGACGUCCUAUGACAAGACUGGAUGUGAUCGCCAUUGACGCAGAACUUGAAGACAAAACGUACGAAGACGUCGUCAAGCUUGCGAACGCCAUUCGUGACGGCUGCGUCAAAGAAAUGAAGGAGUACGAUGAACGACUGAAACUGGAUCCUGACUUUGACGGCAAGAAACGAGGUGCAUCGUUACGCAUUGCUGGCGUAAGUGUGAACGCGCCAUCAUUGCUUAAACAUGAAGCAGAAUUGGAGCCGUUAGCCGAUGAAAUGCCGAGUAAUCCCGAGGAAAGAAAGAAGUAUCGCUUUACCAUUGCUGCCAAAAGUGUACAUUGGGAUAUAGAAUGGGAUGUGAAGGACGAUAGCAUGUUAUUAGUGGGUUGCUAUGAACAUGGUUUAGGCAGUUGGGAUGCCAUUAAAGAUGAUCCAAAUCUUGGGUUGUCAAAGAUAAUGCCACCGGGAAAUCUAAGGCCCCAAGACAAGCAUCUUCAAACGCGCGGAUAUCUCGUUCGACUUCUCAAGCAGGAUGGUAUAAGAAGAAAAGCGGAAGCACUUAGACAGUCAUCUGAAAAGCUUAAGAAGGAAAUAAAGCAAUUGGCGAAAGCGAAAAAGACGAAACCGAAAGGUGCCGCGAAAAAAGACGACGAAAAGAAACAGAAAAUCAAGACCGGCAAAAAAACGUCAGUUGAGCAGAAUUCGACCCCAGUCCCUGGCGGCGACAAGGAUAAAAACACAGUUGUUAAUGAAAGUAUCACGGAAAACGCGAAGAACGAUCAUCCUAAAGAUGAUGGCGAUGUGAAGAACGAGAAGUCAAAGAAGUUUAAGAAAAAGACUGAGAAGAAGACAGCGUCGAAAGCUGAGGAGAGCAAAGCUACUGGAGGAAUUGUCGAGAGCAGCAAGCCAAGUGAUGUCCCUUUACAUGUCGUCGCAGAUAUGGAUCAAAAAACAUUUGAAUUGUGCAAAGAGAAAAUGCGUCCCGUGAAACGAUCGUUAAAACUUCUCGAGAAUCCCGGAGAUAAUUUGACCGAAACUGAACAUGUCGAACAAACCAGACAGUGUUUGUUAAAGAUCGGUGAUCAUAUUUUGACGAUGACGUCUGAUUAUGAAGAUGCCGAGGUGGCCAGCGAAUGGAGGAGCACGUUAUGGAGUUUCGUGUCGAAAUUUACGGCAUUUAAUGCGAAGAAGUUAUGCAAACUUUACAAACAUGCCUGCAAGAAGCGGGAAGAGGACAAGAAAAACAAACAGCACACAAAGAAAGAUGGCCCAAAGCAUCACAAAUCAAAUUCAAUCAAGAGACCCCUGCCGGUAGGGCCCCGGAGAAUCACGACAGAAAACAACAUGAUCCUGUGAGUCAAGUUUGGCGAGCACAAAACCCAGCCCGCGAUCACGGUGGGCACUCGUGGCGGGCUGGCGGGCGAGAUGAAAAUAGAGACAGUCAUGGUAACCGGUCAUCGUGGAGACCCGAUCAAAAUGACAAUCGAAGCAGACCGGAUAACUCUAACCGACACCUUUACGACAAGUAUCCGAGACGUCAAGACGACGAUUUCCGAUAUCGUCACGACAACCAGCGGUUUCAAAGCGAACGUUCAGCGCAGCAGAACUCUGGUGGUUACGUACAUAAGUAUUAUGGUGGGAACUUGAGUAGACACGAGGGACCUUUUGAUGGUAAAGAUAGACACGAAGGGUCAUUUGGUGGCACUAAGGAAAAACAAGAGUCCUCAAAUUAUGGCUCUGCGAACAGACGUAAUACUUUUGGUGCCCACUAUGGGCCAAGGUAGCCUUUGUGGAAUUGGAGGUUUCAGCUACCCUUCAUCUACACAGCUACUUGUGUAUGGCAAAAUAGAGAUUUUAUACAGGGAGGGUUAUAGAGUACAUUAUAAAUCUAUGUAUAGAUCGGCUUGUGUCGAAAGCGACAGUUUUCAGUAGCAUUUACUUGUAGUAAAAUACAUGUAUACCUAAAUAUGA